GGCCAGGCCAAGGCCCGCCGCCCACCAUUUUGGAUGGGACCCCCCUUAGAGAUUCUCUGGGCCAGGCAAUCGAGGAAAUGAUAAAACCUCCCCAACAGCCGCCGUCUGUUCUCCUUUUCACUCCGCCAUCACCAUUGUCAACACUCCUCUUUUAAAAAAGAGCCGCCUCUCCGACGACUCUUGACUGGACCCGGUGCUUGCUGGUGUCUUUCUUCUUUACCUAGAGGGUCCCCAUUCAGUCUACUUUGCCAUAAGUUUGCUAACUUCACCAUGGAUGCGCUAAACGCGACCACCUUCGCGUCCUUCAACCAGACCAAGGACUACUUUGUUGUCCUCGAGGAGGUCUCCAAGUACAAUGUCCAGCUCAACAUUGUUGAAAAGCUCUGGGCCGUACGUCCAACCCGAUCCAACGUCGCGAAACCACAACAAUACUAACAUUAAACUCAGGCCUGGUAUCUCUGGAUGCAGAACGACACCCUCGCGACCGGCAUCAUGAGUUUCGUCCUUCACGAACUCGUCUACUUCGGCCGCUGUAUCCCCUACAUGAUGAUGGACUACAUCCCCUAUUUCCAACAAUUCAGAAUUCAGAAGCAAAAGGUUCCUACCCUUAAGGAGCAAUGGGAUUGCGCCGCCAUCGUUCUUAUCAGCCAUUUCACCGCCGAACUUCCUCAGAUCUGGUUCUUCCACCCCGUCGCUACCUACCUCGGUAUGGACUACGGUGUGCCCUUCCCUCCCGUUUGGAAGAUGGCUCUCCAGAUCGCUAUCUGCUUUGUCAUGGAGGAUGCUUGGCACUACUGGUUCCACCGUGCUCUGCACUACGGUCCUCUCUACAAGGCUAUCCACAAGAUGCACCACACCUACUCUGCUCCUUUCGGUCUCGCCGCUGAGUACGCUUCGCCCAUCGAAACAGCUCUCCUCGGAAUUGGUGUUGUCGGAUGCCCCGUUGUCCUCCUUGCCAUCACUGGCGAGCUCCACCUCUUCACCAUGUACACCUGGAUCGUUCUCCGUCUUUUCCAGGCCAUCGACUCUCACAGUGGCUACGACUUCCCUUGGAGUCUGCGACACUUCCUCCCCGUCUGGGCCGGUGCUGCCCACCACGAUCUUCACCACGAGAAGUUCAUUGGCAACUACGCCUCCAGCUUCCGCUGGUGGGACUACUGCCUGGACACUGAGGCUGGUGCCGAGGCUCACAAGCGCCGUCGCGAGAAGAAGCUUGCUCAGAUCAAGGCCAAGAAGGCGCAAUAGAGUGCUGCAAAGAAAGCCUGACACGACGACAGAUAAUCGAUUGCGGUGAAUCGAGUCCGACUCAGGCAUUUCACGACCGGAAUUAAAAUGAAGGGGGUGUGGAUCAUGAAAACUUAGACUGUUCGCAAACCGGGCAUACGUUGUCUACGUCGCUUAACUCGCGGCUCGAGCAUUCGCAUGGCGUUGGGGAUGUUUACCAAGAACGACUUUUUACGCUUGUAUAUAGAAACUUGCCCCGGAGAGGCUUUAGACAUAUUUAAUUAUCAGCAUCGUUCGUUGACUUUCAACCAUACCAUGACCGGUAACCAUCUAUAUGUAUGACAUGACACCUGGUCAUGAUCGCAGUGACGUAGUGGCGCAGUUGUCG